GAAAAGUAAAAGUGAAAACGUGAAAAAUGGAGGGUCCCAAAGAAUUGUCAUUAAGUGAAAUACGCAAUUAUAUGCUGGAGAAUGGCUGCAAAGUUACCAAUCAUGCCUUGGUCAAACAUUUCAAACGUUUCCUAACACAUCCGGACACCCAAAUUGAGGCCCGCAAGGAAUUCAAAACCUAUGUGAAUAUUUUGGCCACCAUUAAAAAUGAAAACAAUCAGAAAUAUUUGAUACUACGCAAGAAGUAUCUUAACGAAUGUCCAUCGGAGGAUGUUGCCCAAAGGGCAAUUUCACAAGCGAGUGGUAGUGAUUCGGUGCCCAGCAGUCCUGGUGGUAUAUCUGUAAACACUGACGAUGCUACUGCAUCACCAUUUAGAAAACCUCCACCAUAUAUACCACCACCAGAAGUAAAUUCUCCCAUUGCAAUGUAUGAAGGUACACCAUUGGCGCCAAUGGCACCAAUACCACCUAGUACCGCCGAUGGUGGUGAUGAUAAUGUAGAAGGUGCUAAGGAGGACAAUGAUGAAACUCCAACUCAAGAGAAGAACGGUUGUAUUGAUGAUAAAUCCAAAUCGAAUGAAAUUGUAGAUAAAAGUGUAUCACGUUCCAAUUCAGUGGAUGAAACGGGCAAUAAAGAAAACAUACCACGUUUCUCAUUUUCUUCCGGUUCAUCCGGUACUGAUUCUACUGAUGCUGGACCUGGCGAUAAAUCUUCUGGUCCCGACGUUGAAACCGAAAAUCCAAUUAGUGUUAAGGAGGCAACACGUAAAUUUAAUCGUAUGGCCUCCGAGGAGGAGGCAAAAAUUAUUUCACCACCAUCUAAAAAGAAACCCGAAAAGCAACUCAUCGAAGAAAAGGAACUGCCAGAAGUCACUUUGGCACAUCCCAAGGCCAAAGAGUGGAUUGUUGCCAUGGCUAAGGCCAACUAUCAGGAAUUGGCUAAGCUAGCCAAUGAUAAUCCGGAAUUGGUUAAAUUACAG